AUGUGCGAAGUGUGGAAGUCAUUAACAGCAAACUUAACUGCGCUUGUCAUUGCCGUCUUCCUGGAAGGGGACCCAGAGACGGGACACAUCAGUGGGGGACCCUUCGCUAAAGAGCUAAGACGGGUGUCUGGCAUCUCGACAUCAGUGUUCUGUGUGGAAUCUCGACUAAAUGCCGAUUCUAAACCACCAACGAACGGCCUAGAUGGAACUGUUGGCGGCGGUGUUGCUGGUGGUGGUGGUGGGAAACCAACGGAGUUGGAACUCCUUCGAAUGCGUAUGAAUACAACUACAGACCAGAGUCUGGAAGCGACUCGGCGUAUUUACACGUAUGCUGACCAGGCUCAGAAGACCGGGGCGGCCACCAUGGAACAGUUAGCUGCACAAGGAGAACAACUUCGUCGGGUGGAUGCGAACAUGGAUAAGAUUCAUCACGAUGUGAACGAGGCGGACCGGAAUCUACAAGAUCUAGAAAAAUGUUGUGGACUCUGUGUCUGUCCAUGGAAACGAUACAAUAAACCCAGGGCAAAGACGUACUAUGACGAAAAUCACCGUCCCGCUCCGACGCAAAGGCCUCAAUCUGGGUUGCCCAAUGCCCCGAGACAACAAGGCUACGGAGUUACGAUUGAUCAACCCGCUGUUCCUGGACAAGGACAAUACAUCCAACGUAUUCUUGGUGACGCUCGAGAAGACGAAAUGGAGAUGAAUUUGCAGAAAACCGGCCAGAUAGUUGGGCAGUUGCACGUAAUGGCGACGGAGAUGAAUCAGGAAAUCCGCGGACACAAUGAAAUUUUGGAGCGUAUCGACAAAAAGGCGGAUGCCAACAAAAUACGCAUCGAAGCAGCGCAGGGUAGAGCGGAACACAUUCUUGGAAAACCUGCCCCCAGCGAAUCGAUCGGUCCGUCUCAGACCUCGAUCGGUAUGGCCGCUGCGAAAUUGUUGCAGCAUUUGCCAUCUUUCUACUCACUCUCUCUCCCUGCCCUUUUUGUGAUACCUCAACUUGAUCAACUCGAUUUGGUCCUCGUUCAUCCCGUUUUGUGCUCUAAACCGAACAAAUCCGGGUGCCUUUCAGAGUUUCUUUGUUUUUUUUUGAGAUUAUCAUUGCUUUCGUUUGUCCGGCACUCGACCAGUCUUCUAAGGUUAAUCGGGAUAAAUGUGGAAAUCUUUCGGGUCUACGAAAGCUACAAUGACCAGACGUUUGUUAGAGUUCUGGACUUUUGUUUGUCUGAUUUCGACCGUAAAAAUCAAGAAUCAUUCAGCUGUAGCACCCUUCCGGUGCCUAACUGCCAUGCCACCCGAAGGUUGCACGAGGGCUGGGAUACGGCCAGGUUGCCCAAGCGUAGACAGGGGAAGUCGAGAGUCAGAGGUCGGGUUCGACCCACGAACCUUCCGGUCAGUAAAUUCGCACCCUUAACAACUUGGGCCAUCUCGCUUCGUUACAGGACAGGGUUACCUAAUGGGGCUCUGCAUUUCUCUCUGUCCUCUGGGUUUCCAAACCAUGUAGACUCGGCAUCUUUCAGCCCUAAUCGAGAAUUACCCGAUGAAUUCAUUAAACCGAACAUCGAAUACCGGACACACCAUGGCCGAGGACACUUAAUGAUAAGAGAUCCUAAGAACCACAUUGUUCGUACCAACACAAGUGGAGGAAUAUCCCAACAGGAGUGA